AUCACUCCAUAUAUAAAUGAGAUAAUAUCGAAUUGGAAGUGAGCGAAUAUCAAUGGAUUUGAUUGUAAGGAAUAGAGAACAGUUUCACACCGAUAUUCAGUAAUAAGAACAUCAAAUUAACAUAAUCAAGUCUUGUAUAAAAUUCAUUUAGUUUAGUACAGAAAUCAUUUAAUAUUUUCCGAUUUCCAUGAGAAUGUAAGUGAUAGUGUGACUGACGCUUUCUAUUAUUAUUAAUAUCAACUCUAGGAAUGAUAUCACACAUGUUCAAAUGGCAUAUGACUGUAGUGAUUUUAUGCACAUUAAGCAUGAUGGAGAUUGAAUCAGCCACUUUUAUGGUACCAAUUGAGUUUUACGAGACAGGACAAAUGUAUGUUUCACUGGACGGAGUGAACAUUUCACUCAAUUCUAAUCAUAUGUUAACAAUGAAAAACAGACAUUGCACUACAACAAUUUCUUUAGCAUCACCAAGUGAGGAAGAAAUAGCAACUCAAACUGGAUAUCGUGAGGGCACUGUACUUUGUAGACCACGGAUAUCAUAUCGAUCCUAG